GUCCAUCUCAGAUUUGCCUCCCCUCAAAACACAGCUGCUGGACUGGAGCUACCCGUAAGAAGAGGCGAAGAAAAGCAAAGGCAGAGAGUGCGCUCAGACUAGGAGAACACAGGCUUCCGUAUAUGUCAGUGAAAUAGAGAGCAGUAUAGUUUACAGUGAGCAAAGAAAGAGAAAAAGAGGAGGCAGGAAGAGCUGAGUGGGCAGGAAAGAGUGUCAGGUUGGAGAAGAGGAGGAAGAAGAGGCAGGAGAAGAAGUGAAGUAGAGAACAAAAAGCAAAGGGAGGUACAGUAACGCCUCGCAGCACUUUCUCUCCUGGUUGCUUCUCUCUUUACUCUUUACUCUUUUUUUCCCCUUUCGUUGAAGAAGCAGGGGAAGAGUUUUUUGAAAGGAUCAGGGGGAUGAGAAGCAGCGUGAGAUCCUUAGUGGCGACUCUUAAGAGACGAAGUCACGCUUCAGAAGAGUCAGCGGGAGAGGAAGACCGAAUGUCUUCUGGGGCAAAGGGACACAUAAAAGGGACUCUAUAACUCUAGCUACAUCUACGAAACCAUAAAGACAGAGGAAAUUAGCUGGUCACCAGAUAACACUGGGCAGACAGCGCUGUCAAAAAAAACGUCUUCCAAAAAAGAUCAGUGCAGGACGUACUGACAAACACACCAAGAGAGAGAAACAAAAAGAGGAAGAGCGGCCUUGCAAACCCCCGUCUUCCACACCCUGGCCUCCCAUCACCUCUCAGCCGAGAUGAUGAUGUAUUUCUGGGGCAACCAAGAGGCCCCUGCUCACCCUGAAGCCAUGGCCCAACCCUUCCCUCCAGCCCAGUACCCACCUGCACCACAGAAUGGGAUCCCAGCUGAGUACGCCACCCCCCACACCCAUCCACCAACCGAUUACACGGGACCAAGCACAGUGGCCGAGCACGCCCUGACACUGUACACUCCAACACACACACAGAGGGAACAGCCGGGAAACGACAGCAACGCCCCUACCCUCACAACCAACACAGUAACACAAGCAGAUGAGGUUGCACAGACGGAGAGCUCCCAGCAGCUUCAUCUGCAGCCCACUGAUUCAUCAGAGAAGCAGCAGCCCAAGAGGUUACAUGUCUCCAACAUCCCUUUCCGUUUUCGUGACCCUGACCUCCGGCAAAUGUUCGGGCAAUUUGGCAAGAUUUUAGAUGUGGAGAUUAUUUUUAACGAGCGAGGCUCCAAGGGCUUUGGGUUUGUAACAUUUGAAACGAGUGCAGAUGCUGACCAUGCACGGGAGAAACUAAAUGGUACAAUCGUAGAGGGACGCAAAAUAGAGGUCAACAAUGCCACAGCCAGAGUAAUGACCAACAAAAAGGUGGUGAACCCUUACACAAACGGCUGGAAGCUGAAUCCAGUCGUUGGAGCGGUAUAUGGUCCUGAAUUUUAUGCAGUGACAGGGUUUCCAUACCACAGUACAGCAGCAGCCAUGACUUAUAGAGGGGCCCAUUUGAGAGGGAGGGGCCGUGCUGUUUACAACACAUUCCGCACUGCACCUCCUCCUCCACCUAUCCCUGCCUAUGGAGCUGUGGUCUACCAGGAUGGCUUUUAUGGGGCAGAAAUAUAUGGAGGGUAUGCAGCUUACAGAUAUGCCCAACCAGCUGGUAAUGCUGCAGCUGCAUACAGUGACAGUUAUGGCAGAGUCUAUGCAACAGCAGACCCCUACCACCAUACGAUUGGUCCUGCAGCCACAUACAGCGUGGGCACUAUGUAAAUAAAAGAAAGACUAGACGGAUACUCAUCAGAUGGACAUCAGUUAAAACAAUGAAGAACAACGCAGACAGACACAAGACACAGAAGGACACAGAAAAAGAUCAGCUAAAUCAAAAAGAGCAGAGUUGUGAAGGAGCCCUUCCAUCAAGAAGGAAAGGGAUCUGAAAGGAUGGACAGAGGAUGUUUGUGGGCCUACUCAGUGACCACAGCCUGAACCAUUGAGCCUGGAGUCCAGGGGGAGGGGAGACUGCUGGCUCUGACCCCUGAAAAACAAGCCUUGCUGAGUGGAAGAGAACAAUUAGAGAGGUCACCAUAAAACAUUUUAUUUUUGUAAACUUUUUUAAGUUUAUGAUUUCCAAAAAGAACAAACACUAAUGUACGUAUAUACAUAUUAUAUAUUAUAUGUGUGUAAUAUAGUAAGUAUAAAAAAGAAAACUUGGCGAAAGAUGUUAUGUGUUUGCGAUUUAGAAGAAGGAGGUGAGAAGGAGAUGCCAGCUUCAUCCUGUCCUAUCCGGGUGUUGGGGAGGGUGCAGAAUUGGGGUGUGUGUGUGUGUGUGUGUGUGUGUGUGUGUGUGUGUGUGUGUGUGUGUGCACUGAGGGGUGAGGGGUACUUUAGCUGGUCCAGUAGACAUUUCACUAUGUGAAUGUCAUGGAAACAUGGAGUAGUCUUCAGUAAAAAACUUUUUGAGCCUGUCUUCCAUAAAUGGACUGCAGUAGUGUAGUUGUUACUUUGGCUUGUUUUGUCCAGUAGUCUGCAUUUUGUAGCUCCCAAAAGAUAAGCAUAAAAUUAUCCCUACAGGUCUGUGCAAAUGAAGAUAAGAAAGGAUGGAAAUGAUGUUUACACACAUUUUAUGGAAAUGUGAUUAUUUGAUGAGUGCACAAGCUCAGCUGAAAACCACAGUGAGAGCUGAAAGGUCAGUAGUAGGUCAUGUCUGCUGACAUCACUACCAAAUGUGUCAUUUUAGUGUUGUAGCUUGAGGUGGCUGUGCUGUGUAGUAAACUGCUUUUAUAUGUUUGUGUUUUGUAAGGGAGGUGAGGAUAGGAUAUGGUAGGGGUGGGUAAAAGAUGGGAGUUGUCUGCUUUGAAGAGUCACGGGAAACUCUCCGAUCCCUGUUUGACCACUGCACUCGCCUUCAACCGCUGAGGAGGGAUGGUAGGAUGGUAGGAUGAGAGGAUAAGGGGAAGGGAGGAAAAAGUUCUAUAUGAGGUAAAAAAUAAAAAAAAAACAUGAACAAACUAAGUUUUCCUAAAAGUCUCUUUAAACCUUUCUAUUUAUAUGGAUCUCUACUUCAGUGACAUCCUUCUAUAUUUAAACGUUGUACUAAUAACAUGCUGUGAGGCAUGGUCAGAGAGUCACUUGUAGCCAUUUACUAAUGUUGUAUUUAUUGUAUUACCAGUAAGAAGAAAAACAUUUAUAUACAAAUAUAUAAUAUAUCUAUUUGUGAUUUGCAACUCUUGGACAUAAGUUUGCCUUUGAUUUUCAAAUUUUAUUCAGGAUUCAAUGCACUGUCAAUGUACAAUGAGAAUUCUACUUUUGUGAUGUUUUAAUCUGUUGACAUUCAUUUGGUUUUGUCUCCUUUCAGUUCAGCUACUGAAUGUAACUUCAAAAACCUUUUAGGUAGAUGUUGUUGUUUUAUAUAUACUUUAAAAAAUAGAAUACUCUGUAAAUUAUAUACACGUGUAAAUGAUAUAGCAAAAUGUUUCUGAUAAUAUGCUGGACUUCUUCUUCUUCUGCUCACCCAGAUAGACUGCAAUGCCAUGGCCAAAAGAAAAAAGAAAAAAUAAGUACAGAUGAGGGAAGCAUUUAAAAGGAACACCAGUGUCCUGCAGCCAGUGGGAGAGAUGUUUAAUCAUAACAAGAUCAGUCAGAAUUUUUCUCAGCCAGGCUUUUUAAAUUUGAUAAGGACAUGGAGACAGGGGGCAGCCUGUCCUGUGCGAGAGAAAAAGGCACACAGAGGAGGGAAAGAUAAAAAGAUUUUCUUUUAAAUAUUGAUUUUUCUCCCAUUUUUGCCCCUUGUCUCUUCUCUUUCUUUCUUUGUCUUUAUCUCUUGAAUCUUAGAGUUAUCAAGGUGCUGUGGGCGAGUGCUAUGUGGGGUUGAGGAAGAGGAGGAGAAAAAGGGGGCCAUAGUGGGGAGGAGCUACAGCCUUCUCUGCAGUACAUGGGGUGGACAAAAUAAAGAAAAUUUCCAAUAGUAUUCCGUAUUGACAUCACAUUGUGAAGAAAUCCUGUUUAAAUGUCCAUCUGUAUGUUGGCGAACUUCUUACUGCAAGCCAAAACCACCACCAGUUUUUCAUGCAAGAUCCAUACGUCUUUACACAAGUUACUACAGCUUACCAGUUUAAUAACAUGUUAAAAAUGUGUUUACACAUUUAUGUGAUUCAAAAGGGGAUUCAAGGGGAUUAUUAUUAUUAUUAUUGUUAUUAUUAUUUGACACUAGAGUAUCAAAUAUAUCAUAAAAAAUAACAUGUACAUACCAAAUUCUAUCAGCUCCAGAUUUAUCAGCCCUUACUUCACAUUGACCGUGAACAGAUGCCAGAUCCAUGGAAGAUAUCACAGGAGUUGUUCUGAACUCAAUCAACAUAAUGAAGGGUUGUCCUUUACUCUGACCUGACUCUGUUAGAUGCUUCCAAUGUGUGUGAGGAUAAGCUAAUACAAUGAUCUUCCAGCCUUGACAUGCCAACCAGCUGAAUGUAGCUCAGUGUAGCUGAGAGAAAGCAGCACAAGCUGGUGCUGAACAUGGCGGCCUUCAUGAGAGGUCAUUUUUUACCAAAUGAAACAGUUUCAUUCUUGGUGUACUGUGUCACAUACUGUGUAAUUUUUUUGACUGCUUGGUUGUCUUUUAAAGCUGACAGUUUGCUUAUUGACUGUGCCGCUGUCAUUCAAUAAUUUUGAUGUUGAAGUACCUUUGUUAUGUCAUUUCCAUUAUUUUGUCCACCUCCUGUAGGGCAUGUGAUGGUAGAGUGUGUAAUGGUGAAAGUGGACCAUCCUAAGCUCCUCCCGGUGAGUUGGUGACCACUUCUCAGUUCUCUAGUGUUUCAGUCAAAUAGAUUUAGCUUAUAUGUAAAAAGAUCCAGUGAUACCUCCCAUGAUGCUGCAUUUAUUUCUCUCUCAGUCAUUCAAAGUGCAUGUGGCACAGUGGACAGGACAGUGGCUUCAUAGAAUACAUGACAGUUCUCUGAAUGGAUCUCCUACAUCUUCAAGACUAAAUGAGUUGAUGUGUCCAGUGGACUGACUUUUUAAAAAUGCCUUUCCAACACCAUCCCUUAGCAAUCCACUGCUGAGCUGUUGAACAGAGAUGAGACAACUGCAGUGGGAUGAGGUGGGAAAAGAAAUGAAGACAAAACAGAGUCGGACUUUACGGAGAGAAAAAAACAAAAUAACUAACGAUGUCAAUUUUAGCAGAGAUCCAGGUAUCCUCAGAUCUCUGCAACGUUCUUCUGAUUCUGAAGAUUUCUGUUCUUUCAGUUGUUGGUUAAAGACUUUUGUCCUGUUUACAUGUACUGUAAAUGCUGUCCAUCCAUUAAUGGUUGGAGAGAUUAAAAAAAGUGUGAAGCAGAUUUCAUUCUA